GACAAAGCUGGCUUAUGACUUGUACCCACCUCGGCCCAAGCUCGUGCCUGCUUCCCACCCGCAUUACUCCGCAGCCCAUCCAAGGAACGAGAGGAGUUGAGUGUAACCACUGUGUACCAUGAGCACCUAUCCAAAGACCGCUGAAAGCUGCACGCACAGCUUAUCCAAUCCCGUUCAGAACCGUGGAGAAGGCAGCCAACGAGGUUUCUUGAAGAAUUGCGGUUAUGAGUCAGUCUCGUCUUCCGGCCACAGGCAGGCAGGGAAGAGGGCGCGGAUGUCAUCGUCUAUUCAGCGGCUAGAAGGUCGGCGAUCGGAUCGUCCUUCGAUGCCACAUGCUCAUCGAGCCGUUGGGAGAGUCCCAGAGUUUUGCAUUCAUGUUUCAAUGGUGGAUGAAGAACCGAGAGUCUGGGUAGAGCGGCCAAGGAAAGGAUGGGGAGAGUUUUUUUU